UACAGUAACUUGAGCAUAUUGACGUUCAUCUGCUUUCAAAGGGGCCCCGUAAUUAAAAUUUAUUUGGGUGAAAAUUCAGAGAUUUUAUGAUCAGAAGCCAUGGUCCUUUGUCGUCAUGCUUAACUGCUCUGGCAUGUGGUCCCUUGAAGCGAAGAGAAGGACGCCGUAGUUUUGGAAGUGGAGGGCCAGAGUGGCAGAGGGGUGGGGUUAGGCCAAUGUAAGAGAGGGCCCAGCCACCCUGCCCACACUACUGACUGUCGUCACUCGGCCAUUAUGGAGCUCAACAAGCCAGGACAAGUGGGUCUUACGAGCUUCAUUCAGCCCAUAGGUCUUAGUGCAAGUGCUUAUUAGCUGUCAGCCUUGUCUUGGGAUAGAUGUUCCCUGGCCGACUAAUCCCACUGCCCAUCUCAACAGGCCAAUCUCCGGAUACCCUUGAAGCUUGAACCACUCGACAAUCAAUUGAAGAGGAGCAUUGGAGUCACCAUCAAUGUUAAUUUUCUCCAAAAUUUUUUUCUUUCUUGCGCUCAUGGUAAUGCGUAUAUGCUAAAUACUUGUAAUUAGUAAGAGAUUAAGAGUAGCCUAUUUCACAAACCUGUAUGUGAUCACCUACCUAAUUUCUUGAAUCUGAAUUUUCAGCCUUAAUUACAGAAAUAAUAAGACCCAAAUCGAAAAUCGAAUCCCCAAUUAAGAAAUAAAUUGAGAAAAAAAAAAGAGGAGGUGGAAGUCAAGAACCUAUUAGAGGCCCCUGCAGGUUGAAUUAUAAGCUACGAAGUACACAGUAUGAACAGAGGCAAGAAGGCGAGAGUUAGGUGGAGAAUAAAUGUUCUGUUGCUUCUUGUUGCCAGUGUGGACCAACCAUGAUUCUCUCUCCCCUCCCACUGCACUGCCCCCAACUGCGCCAGUGACCUCUCUCUCUCUCUCUCUCUCUCUCCUUUUAGCCUUUCCUAUCCUCCAUUCUCACUUUCUAGAAAACUGUUUUGAGCAUCUCCCUUUAGUUUCAUUCAUAUCCAAGCCAUUUUUUUUUAUUGCAACCCAUAUAAGAAGUAGGGCUUGUUGCAAAUGCCCAGAGCUUGAAUCUUCAUUUUGUGGUGUUAGUUGGUCUCCUCUUCAGAAUAGAAGAAAUGUGUGUAAUGUAUAAGAAAUUGUUAGUUUUAUUCCUUAUGCUCUCGCUGCUUUUUGGAAGUGUUUCUUCAGCUCCUUCUACUACUUCACCUGCAAAGAUUGUCAAUGGAUUAUUUUCAAAUAUCGCUUCUGCUUUCAUGAAAUGGUUAUGGUCUCUCAAAGCCACUACUAAAACAGCGAUUUCUGGCCGCCCAAUGAUGAAGUUUGAGAGUGGAUAUACUGUUGAGACGGUGUUUGAUGGAAGCAAGCUCGGGAUUGAGCCAUACUCUGUGGAGGUGCUGCCCAGUGGGGAGCUUCUUAUUUUGGACUCCGACAACAGUAACAUUCACAGGAUGUCCUCUUCCUUAUCUCUAUACAGCAGACCAAAGCUGGUUGCUGGAUCUCCUGAAGGUUACCCCGGACAUGUAGAUGGGAAAACCAGAGAAGCAAGAAUGAACCACCCGAAAGGGCUUACAGUUGAUGACAGAGGAAAUAUAUAUAUUGCUGACACCAUGAAUAUGGCAAUCAGGAAGAUAAGUGAUGCAGGGGUUACAACAAUUGCUGGAGGGAAAUCAGGCCGUGGAGCAGGCCAUGUAGAUGGAGCAAGUGAAGAUGCAAAAUUUUCUAAUGAUUUUGAUGUGGUAUACAUUGGGAGUAGUUGCUCUCUGCUUGUUAUAGACAGAGGAAAUCAAGCCAUUAGAGAGAUCCAACUCCAUUUUGACGACUGUGCUUAUCAAUAUGGAAGUGGCUUUCCCUUCGGGUUAGCAGUUCUUAUAGUAGCUGGCUUCCUUGGUUACAUGCUGGCUUUGCUGCAAAGGAGGGUGGGAACAAUUGUUUCUUCUCAGAAUGACCAGGAUACAAUGACAAGCACUGCAGCAAAUCCAUAUCAGAAACCUCUUAAAUCUGUCAGGCCUCAAUUAAUUCCAACUGAAGAUGAACAGGAGAAGCAUCAAGAAGGCUUCUUUGGAUCCCUGGGCAAACUUUUUGCCAAUGGUGGGGCAUGGAUUCCUGAAAUUUUGGGAGGAAUAAUCCCUGGUUUUAGAAAGAAAUCAUUAAGCUAUCAAUAUCAAAACCAGCCGGAGAAGCAUCCAAACUCCUGGCCUGUACAGGACAGCUUCGUGAUACUAGAUGAAGAUGAGCCUCCUUCAGUUGAAACUAGAACGUCAACACCAAGGAAAACCUACCCAUUCAUGUCCAAGGACGUAGAAAAUAUGCAUCAAUGGAGGCAAAGUCGAGCUUUCUAUACUGGGUGGGAUGAUGAUUUUCAGCAGCAGCAGCAUCAUCAUAGGUAUCAAUCUACCAUCCCGCAAACAUACUAUGAGAAAACCUGUGAAAAAACCAAUGGGAUCGUGUUUGGGGCAGUUCAGGAGCAGGAUGAGAAACGUGAAGCUGUAGUGAGUGAGCCUGUUGAUUGUGGAAAUCCCAUUUUUAAUCACCGCAGCUUUCGCUCAAGAACAAACUCUAUGGGUUACAGUAACGGGUAUUAAUCAAUAAUCAGAUACAAAGAGAUUUCGCAGUUAUAACCCGAUUUUAUUAUUGGUCCUUGAAAAUUUACUUGGAAGGUUCGUUUAGGUUUGGUCAUAACAUUGUUGGCAUGUUCCUUAACAUAAAGUGGCACUUGUACAUGUACAGGACUGGUUGAAGAAGAGAAAGAAGCAAUCUUUCCUAUGA